UCGUGUAUUUUUUAAAAAUACUAUUUUGGAUAUUGCCCAGCUACGGGGUUGUUUAUCUGUAGUAAGGGGAACUUGAAACCGUCAUUGCCCCAUGUCCUCGGUUGUUUUUCUUCUUUCGCCUGGAUUCUCCAUGUUGUUGGAGAAAAAGUGAGGGCUUUACCAAGACUAGAGGGGGCUAUGGAUAAAUAUACAAGCGAUAAAGUAAACCGAGACGCGAAGCCUAGAAAAUAGCAGAUAAGAGAAAACAAAACAAAGUGCCAUGCCCCUCCCAUGUGGAAGAGAAUAGAAGGCGGGAAUAAAUAAAUAUCAAAAUAUUUUGUCGCCGUAGGUUUGAGAUAUUUUUGCGCGAACGGAAAUUAUUCAUUUCAAGCCUCGCUAGCUUUUAAUGCCACUAAAUGCGGACCGACUGUUUGUCGCUGGAAAAGGUUGGUUGGACUUUGAGGGCUGUGCGUUUGUUAGAUGGAAAGUUCUGUCAUCACUCAAGUGCAGAGAGAGGAUUCUCGGUUGUCUUCGAAAACAGAUCAGGUGAAUAAAAGCUCGCCUCAGAAACCUGGGAGUAGGAAUAUCUUCAAAAAGCUCAUCUGUUGCCUUCGAGCUCAAGAUGCCCAACUGCCAACAUCACCUACCCAUGAUGCCUUGCUAGCGCCUGAGGACAAUGGGACCAUUGCCAAAAUACCAGGAGAGUGUCUACUGCCAGCAGUGACCUCUCAGGACCAGGGAAAGAUCUGUGUGAUCAUAGAUCUGGAUGAAACACUGGUGCAUAGCUCCUUUAAGCCAAUAAGCAAUGCAGAUUUCAUUGUGCCUGUGGACAUUGAGGGGACCACACACCAGGUGUAUGUGUUGAAGAGGCCAUACGUGGAUGAGUUUCUCCAGAGGAUGGGAGAACUGUUUGAAUGUGUUCUGUUCACUGCCAGCCUUGCUAAGUAUGCAGACCCUGUGACUGACCUGCUGGAUCAGUGUGGCGUGUUCCGCACACGCCUCUUCCGUGAAUCUUGCGUCUUCUAUCAAGGCUGCUAUGUUAAAGACCUGAGUCGCCUCGGCCGUGAGCUCCACAAAACCCUGAUCCUGGACAACUCCCCUGCCUCCUACAUCUUCCACCCCGAGAAUGCUGUUCCUGUACUGUCCUGGUUUGAUGACUUGGAGGACACGGAGCUGCUUCACCUCAUCCCAGUAUUUGAAGAGUUAAGUCAGGCUGAUGAUGUCUACAGCAGACUCGAACAACUCAGGGGUCCAUAAUCCCUACACCACCAGACCUGGGUAAACCUCCACGUUGUGUAGCACUGACUGCCAGUCACACGCGAGCGGCUCAUAUGACAAGAGACUCCGUCUUCUGACCUGAAAACAAACACGAAAGCUCAGAAUCCUGCUCAGCACAAAGUAUAUGCAGUUCUGCUACAAGGUUUGAGGACCUUAAACAGUUAGAACAGAAGCCAGCUUUGUCUCAGCCAUCGAGCUUGAAUUUUGCAAUAACAAUUUACAGAUUUUAUAUUCCUUUUUUACUUUUCUAUUUUUUGUUAUUAACCUUUUUUUUUCAUUUAAAAUUACAUUAUUUGGGAGAUUAAAACUGUUCAGAGGGCAGGUCAUCCUUAAUCUGCAAUUAUGUUAUACAGCUCAGCAAAUAACAAAGCACAAUAAACUUUCAGGCCAGUCUUUCUAUGCAAAGUCCUACCUGAACUCAACCUCACACUUUUUAAUCUUCAACAUUCAUAUUCAUACUUUAAAGAAAAACUAGUGUUUCUAAUGUAUUCCAGAUUCAGGCGUAAAAUGCCACAGGAAUACAUACAGUCUUAUCCAACAGGCUAUGCAUACUUUUUCCAUAAAUGCAAAUGUGACACCAAGCACUCAUUCAUCCUUGUUUCUGAUCAGUCUUAUUACUUUACACAAGGCCUUGUUUAAACUGCAGUUUUUUUACCGUUGCUGAGGUGCGUUAACAUGGCAUUACUUACAAAAUACCUGUUUUAUGUGAAUUACAACUACAUGCUUAUCUUGACACUUCCUGUAUUCAAUCUUAAAGUGGCCUUAUGUCUGCUUCAAGUGUACAUUAUGGGGUUUUAUGAUACGUGAGGAGCAGAAUUAACACCACAGAAUGAACCAAAGAGAUUUAUCUUCAGUAAUUGUCUUUCUCUUUGCUGUAUUUAUGCAGACAAUUACUUGUACUGUCAUGUAUGUGUAUAUUUGGUUGAACCUGAAUUGAACUUGAAUUGUCCGUCUUUGUAUGAUACUGUCUGUCGAUGCAGACCACACGCGCCACCUCUGUACUCCAUCUUAUAUUAU